AAUCAGAGAAGUCGCUGAGCCCGGCGGACUACAUUUCCCAGAAGCCUAGUGGGUUCUGCUUUGUUUUCCUGCUCUGGGGCGGGUUUCAGGGGGCAGCUGGACCACUACAGCCUGAGACUGCCAGGAAGGCUGUGGGUUUCCCGGGCCGAGCGGAACGGGGGAAAUGGUUCCCGCCCGGCCACUCGCGGGUUGAACAGGGGCCGCCCUGGCAGAGUGGCGGCCAGCUGCGGCGCGGUGCACCGGCGAGGAGGGGUGCGUUGUCGUCCUGUCCUGCUGCUGAAUGUCCGUCCCGGAGGAUGAUGAGAGGCUUUUGCCGCUCGCCCAGAGAUGGCCCCGAGCGAGCAAGUUCCUCCUGUCCGGCUGCGCGGCCACCGUGGCCGAGCUAGCAACCUUUCCCCUCGAUCUCACAAAAACUCGACUCCAAAUGCAAGGAGAAGCUGCUCUUGCUCGGUUGGGAGACAGUGCAAGAGAAUCUGCCCCGUAUAGGGGCAUGGUGCGCACAGCCCUAGGGAUCAUUCAAGAGGAAGGCUUUCUAAAGCUUUGGCAAGGAGUGACACCCGCCAUUUACAGACACGUAGUGUACUCUGGAGGUCGAAUGGUCACUUAUGAACAUCUCCGAGAGGUUGUGUUUGGCAAAAGUGAAGAUAAGCAUUAUCCCCUUUGGAAAUCAGUCAUUGGAGGGAUGAUGGCUGGUGUUAUUGGCCAAUUUUUAGCCAACCCAACUGACCUAGUGAAGGUUCAGAUGCAAAUGGAAGGAAAAAGGAAACUUGAAGGAAAACCACUGCGAUUUCGUGGUGUGCAUCAUGCAUUUGCAAAAAUCUUAGCUGAAGGAGGAGUACGUGGGCUUUGGGCAGGCUGGGUGCCCAAUAUACAAAGAGCAGCGCUGGUGAAUAUGGGAGAUUUAACCACUUAUGAUACAGUGAAACACUACUUGGUAUUGAAUACACCGCUUGAGGACAAUAUCAUGACUCAUGGUUUGUCAAGUUUAUGUUCUGGACUAGUAGCUUCUAUUCUGGGAACGCCAGCCGAUGUCAUCAAAAGCCGAAUAAUGAAUCAACCACGAGAUAAACAAGGAAGGGGACUUUUGUAUAAAUCAUCAACAGACUGCUUGAUUCAGGCUGUUCAAGGCGAAGGAUUCAUGAGUCUGUAUAAAGGCUUUUUACCAUCUUGGCUGAGAAUGACCCCUUGGUCACUGGUGUUCUGGCUUACUUAUGAAAAAAUCAGAGAGAUGAGUGGAGUCAGUCCAUUUUAAGCCCUUAAAGAUACAGUGUUCAGUGUUAUUGAAAUAUGGGCAUCUGCAACACACACCCCCUAUUAUUUCUACCUCUUUAGGAAGACACUUCACUCCACAGAGACUGUGAUUUAUAGGGGGGCAGCACUUUAUUUUUCUCUGGAAACCCGAGUUCUCUUUGGCUCCUCUUUUUGUCCAAAAGUGAUCUGGUCGGAUCCCCCAAGGCCACCCAAUGAGACCCAGCACAGCAUUUUCUAAAGAAGAAUCGAACCCUGACCACUUUCACCUUGGGCGAGAAGGUUUGGCCUUUGAGAUGCUACUCUGUGCUGAAGAGCCUGCCUAGAGGAGGAGUGCCAGGAGGGAGCCAGCAUCUCAGAUCUGAAGUAGACGAUAGGAAUGUGGAAGAAUAUAUACGUAGUGCUUAAGAAAUACAUUUAACCUAUUAUGUCAGUAGUAUAAUUGAAGUUUGACAAUUCAUUUUUCUGUUGUUGUUAAAGUGUACAUAUUGUAAAUUAAAGGGAGCUGAAUAGAAUUCAUGAAUAAACAUUUUGAGUUUCCCUAGAGUUGAAGGAAGUUCAUGUCCCUUUUCUUGCCAACGAGGGUGAAAAAAAAAAAAAAUCAAGUUGAGAUGAUGUUUGUAUUUCAAGGAAAGAAGCUGAUCUGUCAGUGCCCUCUCGUUAGAUCUGUGUUAAUUGGUUAGUACUCCACUGCAUAUGCUAAUAACUUGCCCUGACAGUCACAGACUCUGAAUCUUGAUGAAAACAGAGAAGAGAAUUUGCCUUGUUACAUAUCCUGUUGCAACUCAGAUAUGUCACUAGCUCUGAAGAAUCUUAAUAUAUAAGGAUUGUAACUUAUUUGAUUAAAAUUCAGCUGUCUAUGUCCUUUUAUAAAGCACCUUUGUGGCCAUGAGCCUUUCAGUGGUAUUUUAAAAGCAAGGCUGAUGGGAAGUUAGCCCACUCUGACAUGCAUCCUUUAUCUCCUUUCCCUAAACACUAAGAGCUCUAGAGAGACAGACAGAUUCAGAAAUCACACUAAAACUGUCAGUAGCCUGAAUCUUACUCAGUUUGACAAAGCUUCUUGCCUAAAAAGUGAUAAGUAUGAACUGUCUGCAGUGUACAGUUAUUUCUCCAAUCUUUGAAUCAAAUCCCUAUUCUUAUUUUAGAAAGGUAAGAGAUGUCUUCAGAUUCACCUACAUAGCACCUGCUCCCCCAACCUCAGACAGUGGGCAUUUCUGGAUGGAUGGCUGUGGUUAUGGGUAAAAGCUGUAACUGUUAAAAUAGGAAAACACAAAAGCUCAAGCCCAAGAAAGACCUUGGAGCUAAGCAAAUAAUUUGUUCUGAUGGAUAUGGGUGAAGUUGAAUAGAAAAAAGUUUACAGGUGCUUUGUGUUUGCACUAAUGUAUAAUCACUGCCAUUUUACAAGGGGAACAUAUACUUUAAAAUAUACUUUAAUGUGAUGUAUUAAUAUGCAGUGGCUUAUUUUUCUAGUUGCAGAAUGUGAAGUUUAAUCUCUUCAAAUCUUUAAGUAGUCUACUUUUCCAUUGCAUUUGUCAAUCUGUAAAUGAGUUGUUAAAUAUAUUUAAUAUAUUAUUAUGUGCUUAAAUUCCCAAGUGUUCUGCAUUGAACCACUUUGGGGAAGUUAUAUUAAUAGUUUUUUUUAUGUUUUGUAAUUUUAAAAUUAAGUAAAGACUGGAUCAAAAUAA